AUGUGGGGACAAACCAGCGGCGCUGACAAGCUCAGGUACUUCUUCACCUCCAACUCUGCCGUCGACGGAUGUGCGAAGAGGAAGGAACCUGGCUACGAGCAGUUCGAGUGGCUGCGCGUCCAGCUCCAGAUCAUGCGGGACCGCGGCAUGUCCGCCAUCCUGAUCGGCCACGUUCCGCCUGCUCGCGUUGACAGCAAGGAAAGCUGGGACGAAACAUGUUGGCAGAAGUACACGCUGUGGGAGCGACAAUACCGAGACGUGAUUGUUGGGUCGCUCUUUGGGCAUAUGAACAUCGACCACUUCAUGCUGCAGGAUUUCCACCAUAUCAAGAAGGGAGCCAAGAAGGGUCAGAUGGCGCCUCAAAGCAGCAAGACCAAAGCUCAAAUACAAGGAGGUGGACUAUUGACGGAUGGGGAGAUCACGGUAGCGUCCGCAUCCGACUAUUUGGUCGACUUGAGGUAUUGGUGGUCGAAGCUGCCGUCGCCCCCAUCGAAAAAGAGCAAGGGGCGAUCGAUCGCGGAAUACGUCGACGAGGAGUCGGAUGAGGAAGAUGUUUCUUUCUGGCAAAAUCCACUUUCUGUCUUCUCAAAAUCCAAGAAGAAACCAAAACACGGCAAGAAGAAGUCAUUUCUCGACAAGAUCGGCGGCCGGUACGCAGAACGCUACAGUGUGUCCCUCGUAGCGCCGUCCGUUGUACCCAACUACUUUCCCACCAUCCGCGUUUUCUCAUACAACACCACGGGCUUAGAUCGUCUCACCGUCUCCACCGUAUCCGACCAAGAAACCUUCACCAACUCCCUCAUCCAAAAGCUCGCCAUGGACCACGACUUCGCCGACGACGAUACCUACACGCGAGACACCGAAAGCAUCCUCCGAAAGAAGCACAAGAACAGCGAAAAAGAAUCCCUGAAAAAGCGCAAGAAGUACAAGUUCAAAGUGCCGAAAGGCCCGUCGAAGAGCUCGCCCCCGGGCCCGGCGUAUAGCCCGCAGACACUCACUUUUACGAGCUACACGCAGUACUUCGCGAAUCUCACGCAUAUUAAUAAUGACUUCGUUGCGGAGGCAGAGUCUUCCUCCUCUUCUAUCAACGGCGCUUCUCCGCAGACGAUCUUCGGAUUACACAUCGAUGCAGAGGGACGUAUUGAGGAUAGAGGCUGGAAAGAAGGAAAGCACGGGAAACACCAGGGGAAGAAACCGCGUCUUAAGCCGAGGCCGAAGAAGUUUCGCUUCGAGGUCGAAUAUGAUACUAGGACCGAUGGGCGGUAUAAGCUGGGGGAUCUUACGGUUAGGAGCUUCGUUGAUUUGGCGAGGAGGAUCGGGGAGGGGGAUCGUGGGGAAACCGAAGCUUUUGGAAGAGGGUGA